GUGAAAAAUACUUGUUUAAUAUGGAUUUUUCCGAGGACGUAGCACACGUGGGCAGCGGGGUGAGGCGGGCGGACAGGCCAGUCUCGAGAAGGGGAUUUCGCGAAUACACCAAUAGUAGUUCUGCUGUGUCUAGAAACGGCAACAUGAGACCGACUUCAGCGUACCGCGGGGGCACAGCUUCUCGGCUGUCCACGGCUGGGUUCGGCCCAGCACCGCCUACUGCUAGCCGGCAGCAGACAGCAAUGACUGGCUUCUCUAUGAUCGACAGACCAAUAACCCAACAAGGCAUAUCAGGGUUACGUACUGGCACAGCCCGAGGAUUCCGUACUCGGCAGCUCCAAGAUAAGAGGUACUGGGAGGAGGUCAUGCAGGUCAAGAUUAGAGAGAUGAAGGCAGAAAUAGCGAGACUUAAUGAGAAGGCAGAUGCGGGGGAAAGGGAGAGGUCGGCGAAGAAACAUUACGAGAAGCGGGUUAGGGAAUUGGCUCAAGAAUUGACUGAUCUGCAAGGUCGUUUAGCUGACUACAACACAGCUAUUCGCAUCGCCAACGGCGAAGCGUCAAAACAGUCAGUGGACGAACAAACCAGGGAAUUGGAAGCUAGUAAUAGGAAACUUCAGGAAGAGGUGGAAGCGGUGUUCCUGGAAAAGCAGAGGAAGGAGAACCAAUUGAGGCAACUGAGGGAACAGAUGGAUAAGGAACAAUCAACAAUAUCCAAAAUACUAUCAGAAAUGACACCAGAACAAAAAGAUCAGUUUAACGAACUAAAAGCUACAGCAGCGGCUUUGAGAGAAGACGUGGAGCAGGCCAGGAAUCAAGUGGAUCAUCUGAACAGGGAGAAGGAGGAGUUUAGCAAGGAGAUUUCUGGAUCACAGAUAAAAGUCCAUCUUUUGGAGCUGCAUCGUCGUCUGGCAACAACUGAGGAGAAGCGUGACAACCUGAGGAACGAGCUGAACAACAAACUGAACCCGCAAGAGGAGAGGGAGAAAUUAUUGGUUCAAGUUCGUGAAGAUAACGCCGCCAUAGCAUCUUUAGACAGCAAUGCAGCAAGCAUCAAAGAGCAGAUCCGUAAAGUUCAAGAACUCAUUGAACAGGCUGAACAAGAUUUAGAAGAAGGCAACUCUGAACGUCAUCAGAAAUACCGUGAACUGAAGAAAAGAGAAGAAACUAUGGACGCAUUCAUGUCCACUUAUGAGGAAAGUUUGAAAAAAGAACAAGAAAAAAUUGAUCAGUUGGAGAAAGACGUCGUAUUUGCAUUGGAACAUAGCAGUUCUAAUAUCGACAUGGAUUUAAGUGAGAUCGACAAUUUGAAACAAAAAGAAGGCUAUACUUCUAAUUACGAUGAUAAUAAGAGAUCUGUUGAGACUCUUACCAAUGAUUAUGAAAGGUUCCAGAGUAAUUUGAAAAAGGUGGAGGCAACGCGGGAACGCCUAGCAACAGAACUGCAAACUUUGCCAGAGAAGACGAGGGUCAUGCAGGAAGAGCUUGUCACACUUUCCAACUUAGAAAAAUUGAGAGAAGAAGGUGAAGAAAGAAAGAAAGAGUUGGAAACGGAGCUGAAAGUUUUAAAAGAGAAAUUGACACCAACUGAGAGCGCUGUCUUGGAAGCAAUUAACAAACUCAAGAAAUUGCAGGAAAAUUUGGAAGGCAAUGAAAUGUAUGCAAAAUUGAAUAGUCUAGAAGAGCAGUUGGCGCAAUUGGAGAGCAGGAAAGCUGUGCUGGAAGAGGAUAUAGCUUCUAUAACCCUGAAGGCUGAUUACGAACCCCUCAAGAAGCAGGCGAUGGAAGUAUUAGCGGCCUUGAACAGAAAGAUUAUUGAAGACUUGGACAGCUCUAAAUCUUAUUAA